GUGUUUGUGCUCAUUUGAUCUGAGACGCCGAGACAGUAAGCAGCAUGAACAUGUUCUCCUGUUGGACUCUUCCAUCUGACCAAGACGAGCCGCACAGGCGGGUAAACGAACCGGAGAAGAAGGUAAAGAAGAGAAAAUGGUGGCAGAGACGCCAGAAGGUGGAGAUGCAGGACGUGGAGGGUGAGAAGGGAAACGGGGUAAAGGGUGAAGAGAUGGGGCAAGGAGUGGAGCAGAAGGUUUUAGAGGACCAGGCAGACCAAAUACCAAAGAUGGAGAAGCAGCAGGUGGUUCUGGGAAAAAACAAACCUGAAAAGAAAGUAAAGAAGAGAAAAUGGUGGCAGAGACGCCAGAAGGUGGAGAUGCAGGACAGGGAGGGUGAGAAGGGAAAUGAGGUAAAGGGUGAAGAGAUGGGGCAAGGAGUGGGGCAGAAGGUUUUGGAGGACCAGGCAGACCAAACACCAAAGAUGGAGAAGCAGCAGGUGGUUCUGGGAAAAAACAAACCUGAGAAGGUAGAGAUGCAGGUGGCCCCACGGGACCUGGUGGAAGAACCAGAACAGGUCGUUCUAAAGGACCAGAGGAGGAAACCAGUAGACAAGGUGGUUCUGGUUUUUGAGAUUGAGAUGAAGAAAUUAGAGCAGGUGGACCCAGUGGAGCAGGUGGACCCAGUGGAAAAACCUGACCAGGUCGUGAAAAAGGUAGAGAAACAGGUGGCCCCGCUGAACCUGGUUGAAGAACCAGAGCAGGUCAUCCUGAAGAACCAGUGGAUGGGACAUGUAAAAAAUAAGAUUCAUUGCAUAGAGAAUGAGAUGAAGAAGGAGGAGAGGCAGGUGGACCCGCUAAACCUGGUGGAAGAACCAGAGCUGGUCAUCCUAAAGGAGCAGGGGAAGGGACAGGUAAAAAAUAGGGUUAGUUUUAUAGAGAAUGAGAUGAAGAAGGAGGAGAGGCAAAUGGACCCGCUGAACCUGGUGGAAGAACCAGAGCUGGUCAUCCUAAAGGAGCAGGGGAAGGGACAGGUAAAAAAUAGGGUUAGUUUUAUAGAGAAUGAGAUAAAGAAGGAGGAGACGCAAAUGGACCCGCUGAACCUGGUGGAAGAACCAGAGCUGGUCAUCCUAAAGGAGCAGGGGAAGGGACAGGUAAAAAAUAGGGUUAGUUUUAUAGAGUAUAAGCUAAAGAAGGAGGAGAGGCAGGUGGACCCAGUGAAUAAAACAGACCAGUUCGUGAAGAAGGAGGAGAGGCAGGUGGCCCCGCUGAACCUGGUGGAAGAACCAGACCAGGACAUGAAGAAGGAUCCAGCAGCUUUGGAGGACAAAAUAUGGAAACUGAAAGAGCAGAACCUGGAUAGAGGAAGCACUGAAGAUCCACUGAAGAACGUCUCCAAGGUGUCUUCAAACAAACCAGACCCCCAGCAGCUGCAGGACGACGUUCUUGUUCCCAUCGUCGAAGCCCAACCUGAAGAGUCCGGGGCUCUGAUGGAGACCGCGUGUGAAGAUGAAGGUGUCCCAAUGCCGAAGUCGAGGAGAACCAGCCUGAGAACCAAACGGUUCCAGUUCUUCAAUGUCUGAAGCUGAGGUGGUGACGUUCCGGAGAUCAUCCAAUCAUACGCCGACUUUUCCAACAUCAAAAUAACAAUAAAGUGCCUUCAUGAA